AUGAUUCCACCCAUGAUGGAAGCGAAGAGUCCAUCUUACAAGCCUCUCAUGUCUACUGACAGCCGAGACUCUGAAUCUGUUGAGGAUUUUGGCAACAGUCAGAACGGCGAAGGAAGUCUUCGUCAGCGGUUCCGCUGGAUAGAAUGGAACCAACGGACUCACUCACGGAUUGCCGAUUUACUCAGAAGUUCUCUCGUUCCUCUUAGUGUCCUGGCUCUUAGCGUGGCUUUCGGCUUCAUGUUUUCUAUCUUGCGUGCUCCGAGCGAUCAGCAGUGUGCGCGCCAGCUGUCUAUGUGGUCUCCUGCCCUUGAUGCCGUUGAGUAUGUUACAAUGGACUUCAACGACGCUUUCAACUCAACAAGCAUUUACCGCGGGCUUCCAACUCCAGAGAGAGAGCAAGCCUGGUUUGAUCUCACAUAUAAGCACGCGGUCGAAAUCCCACCUGAUAAACUUUCUGGCCUAAACCGAUCUGAAGCGGAUCACCUUAAGCAUGUGCCCGAAGACGUAGGCGAUGGUUACGUCGCACUGCUCGAGGUUUUCCAUCAACUCCAUUGCUUGAACAUGAUACGGGUGUACACCUGGUGGCAGGUGGGCAAAUACGAUAAGAUCCCAGUUGGGCUAUCGAAUGACCCUCUGAAAAACCGGAUACACGUUGACCACUGUCUGGAAGCUCUACGCAUCUCACUCAUGUGCUUCGCUGAUGUCACCCCACUCAUGGUUCGCCUAGGCGGACCUGCGGGUGCGCGUGCGGACUUCAAUACGCACCACAAGUGUAGAGACUUCAACAAGAUUUCAAACUGGAUUGACGAAAACUGGACUGUUAGAUGA